CUGGCGCGUGUUGACAUCCCACCCCUGAAGUGCUCGUGUUGAGUACCUGUGAAGGAGGAAGGUGCACUCAGCUAGCAACCAGGCUCCACUUAUUGUCCUAUCACUGUCAUCAUCAUCUGCAAUGCCCUGGUUCCUGCUGAGUGUCCUGUUGCUGUUCUCCUCAGGAGUCCAUGGCCAAGGUCGUCUUAAGCUGACAGUCCUGUCAGAAGACAGACUGCAGAUGAAAUGGAAGGAGGCUGAAGGACCCGUUCAAGGCUACAAGGUCCGGGUUAGACCAAUCUCAGAGGUGCCACAGCCAGAGCUGAUGCUGACCACCACCAGAGGCCGAGCAACAGUGGCAGGACUGGACUCCAGUCAGGAAUACAACCUCCAAGUCCUCGUGCUCAAUGGCACGACAGAGAAGCUUCUCGCAAAGCGACGAUUCACAAUGGAGGGUCUGCGGGAGGAGGAAAUGAUCCGCCGAAGCGAUCCAAGGAGGAAGAUGUUGCCAGGCGGGUCCGGGUCGGGAGACCUGGAUGAUGUAACAGAGGCUCUGCUGGGUCUGCCAACAGUUCUGUAUCCAGACCCCACCACCACGGCUGCUGCUGCCACUGCAGAGCCCCCAUCUGUUGCUGACUCUUCUCAGCUUCCUGAUGAGCCCCCAGAGAAAAACCCUAAAGAGAAGAGGAAAAGAAAGAAAGAGAAGGACCGAGAUCGUUCAAAGAUGGAGAAAAAGGAGGAGCAGGGGACGACACAGGGCAAAGCAGCGGAGGAGAAACCACGAAAGAUGCCGUUCCCCACUCAGCCGGUUACAGGUAUGUCUCCAAGGAAGCCAUUUGAAUGUGAAAGCAAUGCAGCAGCGGACAUUAUGCUGUUGGUGGACGGCUCCUGGAGCAUCGGACGCACCAACUUCAGGCGGGUCAGAGACUUUCUGGAGGGCCUGAUGACCCCCUUCCGCAUUGGGCCAAACUACAUUCAAAUAGGUUUGACCCAGUACAGUGGAGACCCUCGUACUGAGUGGCAGCUCAACAACUUCACCACUAAAGACCAGCUGCUGGAGGCUGUGAGGAAUUUCAGAUAUAAGGGAGGAAACACCUUUACAGGUCAGGCACUGCUGCAUGUCAUGGAGGAGAACAUGAGGGAAGAGGCCGGUGCGAGGGCAGACAUACCUUUCUUUCUGGUGUUGCUGACUGAUGGAAAGUCUCAGGAUGAUGCCAUUGCUGCUGCAACCAAGCUGAAAAAUGCCGGUGUGGAGAUCAUCGCUGUAGGUGUAAAGAACGCUGAUGAGGCCGAGUUGAGACAAGUGGCAUCAGAACCGGUGGAUUUGAACGUCUACAACGUAAACGACUUUCCUCUGCUCAGUAGACUGGUGGCACGGCUGGUCCACAUCCUGUGUGGGAGGAUAGAGGAGCGAGGCAUCUCUAAACGAAUGGAUCCUGGACCCACAGCAGACCCCGCCCUCUCCUACCCAAGUCCUACAGAUCUCCGCUUCUCUGAACUUGGAUCCAGAGAGGUGAAGCUUCACUGGACCAAUCCCACCAAGUCAGUCCAACAGUACAGAGUGGUCUACCACAGUGCCGAGGGUCAGAGUCCACAGGAGGUGGUAUUGGACGGCUCUGAGUCCACUGUGCUGCUGAAAGAUCUCUCCUCUCAGACACUGUACCACGUGUCUGUCUUUCCUGUGUAUGAAGACAAUGUUGGCCUCGCACUACGGGGAACUGUCACCACAUUACCCUUGGGCAUGCCCACCAACCUGGAGGUGACUCCUUCCUCUCACAGCAGGUUAAGAGUGAGUUGGGGUGCAGCACCAGGAGCAACACAGUACAUGAUCCUGUACUCAGCACUCAACCACGGAGAACCAGAUGAUGCUAAGGAGGAGAAAUUCAGGGCAGACCAGACAGCAUUGGAGCUGGAGGGGUUACUACCAUCAACAGACUACUCUGUUACUCUAUAUGCCCUCUAUGAUGAGGAGCCAAGUGAUCCUGUGACUGCUGUCGCCACCACAUUCCCUCUUCCACCGCCAGUGAGUGUUCAGUUCCCAAUGGUCACCCACAGUAUGAUGAGGGUGAGCUGGGUGCCAGGAGCUGUGGACGUCCCAGGCCACAGAAUCACCUACAGCACCAAUCAUGGCAGUGACGUCAAGCAGGUAGAGGUAACAGGACAGAACUCGGUGGUGGUGCAGAACCUGUCCUCUCUUUCCAGAUAUCUGGUUUCAGUCCAAUCUUUGUACCCACAAGGCCUGUCUGUGGCGCUCACCAGCAACAUCACCACAUUGAAGGUGCCUGCCCCGUCAGACCUCAGGGUGACUAAUUUCUCAGGUAGUGACAUUACUGUGCGCUGGGAACCUGCUGCUGAUGACGUGGUCUCUUACCUGAUUAAGUGGAUCUCUCUCAAUAGUGGAGACCUGAGACAGCUGAAGGUGAGCGGUGAGAGUGAAGGGGUGAUCCUUGAGGAAGUAGAAGACGAUAAGGAGUACCAGAUCUCUCUGUCUGCCUUGUAUGGAGAUGGAGCUCAGAGUGAAGCUGUGGCCAUACGAUAUAGCACCUUGUCUGGAGGAGGCCCAUCCAGUGUCUCUGUCUCUGAUGAGACUGCAGUCAGCAUGGUGGUUAGCUGGGUACCUCCCAACGCUCAUGUCCUUCAGUAUCGGGUGUCUUAUACUGCACUAACUGGAGCUGAAACUCAGGACAGAACAGUGUUGGUGCCAGGAAGUGAAAAACGAGUGGUUUUGGAGUCAUUACAGCCAGACACACGUUACAGCAUCCUGGUCACUGCCGAGUAUCGAAACAGAGAAGGGGGCAGCGGUUCAGCUCAGGGCAAAACAACCAGUCUGCGAGUAAGCAGUGUAAGUGUGGUCAGAUCGGACCACUCCAGCAUCUGUGUGUCCUGGAGAGCUGUUUCUGCUGUUGAUGGAUACCGUAUUGUCAUCCAGUCCGUCAAAGACAAGCAAACAAAGGAAGAAAUUGUGGACAAAUCCAGCAGCAGCCACUGCUUCAAAGAUCUGGAACAAGAAACUCUGUAUCGCAUCAAUGUGCAUUCACUUCUCGGAUCAGAAGAGGGUGCUGCCGUCUCCAUUCUCCAUCCAACAGCCCAAGCACCAGCCAGAAUUCCCAUCUCUCCACGGCUGUACCCUGUUCAAAAUGAAGUCUGCCCUGAAGUCACCAUCAGAAACAGCAUCGUCAGAGGAUUUGACAUGAUGGAGGCCUUUGGUUUGACUCAGAAAGCUCACUCUUCUGUGGAGGGCGUGGCAGCAGAACCUUUCGUCUUCAAUACUCUCCCAACAUACACUCUGUACAGGGACGUCCAGCUGACACAGAGCACCAAGUUUAUUCACCCGUUAGGAUUCUCUCCAGAGCACACCAUCAGCAUCGCCUUCCGCGUGUUACAGGACACACCAAGAGAGCCCUUUGCCCUCUGGCAGCUCACUGAUAUUGACUUCCAGCCAAUGAUGGGCGUAGUGCUCGAUCCUACUACCAAGCACCUGGAGUAUUUCAGCCUAGACUACAGAGGAGAAGUGCAGAAACUAAGUUUUGAUCAGUCACAGGUCCGCAGACUUUUCUAUGGCAGUUUUCACAAGGUGCACCUUUCUGUCAGCCAGGUGAGUGUGUCGCUGUCUGUGGACUGCCAGCAUGUAGGUGAGAGGCCUGCCCGCCCUCUGGGCACCCUGCCAACUGAUGGCUUUGAGAUGCUGGGAAAACUAGUGAAGACCCGAGGACCCAACAGUGGAUCUGCACCGUUCCAGCUGCAGUCCUUUGAAAUCGUCUGUAACACCACCUGGGCUUUUGAGGACACAUGCUGUGACCUGCCUGGAGUGAGAGAUGAGGAGAGCUGUCCUGCUCCUGCAUACUCGUGUACCUGUUCCUCUGACGUCCCUGGAGCUGCUGGUGCCCCUGGAGCUAGUGGAAAACCAGGUCCACGUGGGGAGAAAGGUGAAAAAGGAGAACAAGGCCAAAAGGGGGAGGUUGGUCCUCCAGGGAAACCUGGACUAGAGGGAGGUCUUGGACCUCUAGGCACCAUCGGGCCCCGAGGCAUAGCUGUUUCAGGAAAAAUGGGUCCACCAGGUGCCAGAGGGGAAAAGGGGGAUCCUGGGAGACCGGGUGUCCAGGGUUCACCGGGGCCUCCUGGUCAAAAAGGCGAAGAGGGGCCUUCAGGACCAAAGGGAAUAAGGGGGGUUGAAGGUAACAUGGGUGGACCAGGCCUCACUGGACCAAGGGGUUUCCAAGGAAUGCCAGGACACCCGGGACCUUCAGGGGAAAGAGGCCCAGGAGGACCUGUGGGACCUACAGGUCUGCCAGGGAAUAAAGGGGAACGAGGAGAGAAGGGAGAACCGCAGUCUUUGGCCAUGAUCUACCAACUUGUAACACAAGCCUGUGAGCAACUAGUACAUAAGGAGGUGUUAAAGCUUGACAAUUACAUUAACGAAAUAAAUCGAAAGCCCACUCCUAUUGAAGAGCCAGUGGGACCUCCAGGGGAACCUGGCAUACCAGGGCCCAGGGGCCCACCUGGGGCCAGGGGGGCCCAAGGAAAUGUGGGAUCAAGGGGGAAACCGGGUAGGCCAGGAUACCCAGGAGAACAGGGGAGAAGAGGUCUUCCAGGGCAGAAAGGCGAUGCAGGGCCAAAUGUCCAGGGGCCUACAGGGGUCAAAGGAUUUGCAGGUCCUCCAGGUGAGUCCAAGCUUGGAACCCCAGGGUCAAAAGGAGAAGAUGGUAAGCAAGGACCCCCAGGGGUCUCUGGACCUCCUGGUCAGCCAGGCGAGAUCGGACCACCGGGUGUGUGUGACAGCAGUGGAGGCUGCAGAGGAGUUCCCCAGCAAACAGAAGACCCAUACUACGGCUACCAGCCUUAAGUGGAUAUUAACAAGCAGGCUCGAACAGUCAGGGACGACGUUGGCCAUCUGUUGGAAAGGGCUCUGGUUUCCCUGGAGCUGAAAGACUGAUGGAAAUGAGAUUGAAAAGCUAAACUGAAGAGGUUUGGUGUGUUGAACUUGUCAGUGACUGAAGCUGAAGCUUUCUGAGCUUCAUUAUGUGUAAGAAAAGGAAACAAAAGAGGAAGGAUCUCUCUCUGUCCUGAGAUAAAAAUGGCACAAAAUGAUGCAAGGAUGAAUAAGAAGCUUUCUUUUAUAGAAUUGUGUUCUGAUGGAGAGAUAGAAUUAUAAAGGAAAGUAAUUUCCCGUUAGGAUCAGUCUGGUGCUGGCUUACACACCGUAUUCGCACUGAAACCUUUUGUUAUUUUAUUAAUGUAUUCAUGCACUGUAUCAAAGCCAAGUAGUUUAGCCACCUGUGCUAUGUUUCAUUUGCUAACCUUAACUGCCUCAGUGAUAAUGAAAAAGCAUAAUCCAUGGUGUAAAAGUGUCUUUCCAUGGUUUAAACGAUACUGUGAGAAUGUCUGUGGUCAUUUAAGAUCAUGUGUAUAUUGUUUAUUAUAUUUACUGUAUACAGUUAAUCAUGUAUGAUAUUUUAUUAUAUACCUACUCCUGUUGAAAAAUUCAUGUUUACAUUUUCUGACUUCCUGAGGGUUUGGGUUCAAAGUAAUUAACAUGUGUGUGCAAGUGAGUGUGUGUGCCUGUGUGAAAAAGAG